GCAACUGCAUUCAGUUCAUACACUCCCCAAUUUCAGAGUUCAUUGAGCAAUAUGUUGAAGGAAGGCCCAGGUGGAGGUGGCGGCGGUGGCGGCAGUGGCGGUAGCAGCAGUAAUAGCUGGGCACGUGUGUGUGACACUUGCCGCUCGGCAGCAUGCACCGUGUACUGCCGGGCUGACUUGGCUUACCUAUGCUCCAGCUGCGAUGCUCGUAUUCACGCAGCCAACCGCGUGGCCUCGCGCCAUGAGCGCGUGUGGGUGUGCGAAGCAUGCGAGCGUGCCCCAGCCGCCUUCCUCUGUAAGGCCGAUGCAGCAUCACUCUGCACCGCCUGCGAUACAGACAUACACUCAGCCAACCCGCUCGCGCGCCGCCAUCAUCGUGUCCCCAUCUUGCCGAUCUCCGGGUGCCUUCACGGCCCCCCUGCUGGCAACGUUGGUGGGCAUGUGAUGGGCCACGCAGCGGAUACUGAGGAAGGCUUUUUAGCCCCGGAGGAUGAAGAAGCCAUUGAUGAGGAGGAUGACGAUGAAGCAGCUUCAUGGUUGCUGACAAAUCCGGUCAAGAGCAACAAUAACCAUACUAAUGGAUUCAUGUUUGGUGGUGAGGUUGAUGACUACCUGGACCUUGUGGAGUACAAUUCUGGCGCUGAGAAUCAGUACGUUGAUCAGUAUAACCAACAUCAUCAUCAUCAGCAGCAGCAGCAACAUUAUGGUGUUUCUAGGAAGAAUUAUGGAGGUGACAGUGUUGUGCCCAUUCAGCAUAAUGACUGUCAACAACACAAUUUUCAGUUGAAUUUGGACUAUGAACCCUCCAAAGCUGCCAACAGCUACACCGGAUCGCUUAGCCACGCUGUUUGCAUUUCAUCCAUGGAUGUGGGCAUCGUACCAGAAUCAACUCAAACUGACAUCUCAAUCUCCCAUCCAAGGCCUCCAAAAGGAACAAUUGACCUUUUCUCGGGACCUCCUAUUCAGAUGCCAUCCCAACUUUCACCAACGGACAGGGAGGCUAGGGUCUUGAGGUACAGAGAAAAGAAGAAGACAAGGAAAUUUGAGAAGACAAUUAGGUAUGCCUCAAGGAAGGCAUAUGCAGAAACCAGGCCUCGGAUCAAGGGACGUUUUGCCAAGAGAACAGACAUUGAGAUCGAAGUCGACCAGAUGUUCUCUGCAACACUAAUGACAGAAAAUGCAUAUGGCAUAGUCCCAUCAUUCUAGAUUCAGGGUGAAAUGAGUAUCAGACUAUCAGAUUGGAGUUGUAGCAGCUAGUAGUGGAGAUCUUUUGCUUAUACUGUAUCUUUCUUGAUCUAUUACGUAUAAUUGAUAUAAAUGCUGGGUGAUUCUGUUAA